GGCGAGACGGAGGGCUGUGUGGCGGCUGUGGUGGAUGCGGUGUAGUAGAUCUUUGUUUUGGUGCGAAUAUUGACAUUUUUACAGAGGCCAUGGCUAAGCAAAUGUCCAUAUCCUCAUUCUUCACCAAGUCCCCGGGGCCGGGCAAGACCAAGGAGCAAGGGUCACCAAAGGGGAACGUGAAGCUGAGAGGGAAAGAGUUCCAGUUGAUGGACCUGGUAUGGGCCAAGCUGGAGGGUCAUCCGUGGUGGCCGGCGCUGGUGUGCAACAGUCCCGGGGAGAACACCUUCAUGCGCCGCAACCAGAUCCACGUACAGUUCUUUGAUAGGCCCCCCACACGCGGCUGGGUGAAGGAUGGCCUGGUGAAGCUUUAUGGACCAGCGGGUGAGACAGGCGUGCCCUCCUACCGUGACGCUACGUGGGUGGAGGCAGUAAAGGAUGCAGGGGAGGCGGAGAAGCUGCCUAGGGAAGACCGGUCAGUGCUGCUGGUGGACAUGUUGCCUUCCGAUGAUGAGGACUUGCUGGAGGCCAUGGAAGAGGUGGAGAAUGACAGUGACAAGAGCAAGGAGAACGUGGCGGUGAGUGGCACAAAGAACGGUCACAGCAGCCAGCCAUCUAAGGGGGAGCCCAAGCCCAAGCGACGCAGAAUUAUCCUCCACUCAGACAGCGAGUCAGAGGACGACUACAAACCGCCGGAUGAGUCCGGGGAGAGCGACGACUCGGCCAGCUCCGGGGUGGAUGAGGCACAGGUGUCUGAGCCAGAGAGUGAGUUGGAAGUGGAUUCGCCGGUCAAGGAACCCCAAACCAAGCGUAGGAAAGCUGAACCCCUCAAGACUCGCAACCUGAACUCCUCCCUCUCCUCGCCUCGCAGCGCCUCCUCUCCCUCCUCCAAGGUGUCCAGCGGGGUGAAGGCGAAGCUGGCUGUCUUUGCUGCCAAGGAGGCGCCACCAGCCAAGCCAGCCGGGCAGGAGGAGGACUGGCCAUUCAUGAAAGAGCCAUGGCUGCAGCCCAAGAACAUCAUGGACCGAGAGAGGCGGCGACCUGACCACCCUGAAUAUGACCCUCGCACACUGUACAUCCCUGAUUCUUUCUUGGCACAGCAGACUCCGGGGAUGCGUCAGUGGUGGGAGCUGAAGUCCCACCAUUACGACACAGUGCUGUUCUUCAAGAUGGGCAAGUUCUAUGAGCUGUUCCACAUGGAUGCUGUGCUGGGUGUGCAGGAACUGGGACUCAUCAUGAUGAAGGGGGAGAAAGCACACAGUGGGUUCCCUGAGGUGGCAUACAGCCGCUACUCCACAGCACUCAUUGAGAAGGGGUACAAGGUGGCCCGCAUUGAGCAGACUGAGACGCCAGAGAUGAUGGAGAAGAGGUGCAAGAGCAUGGCCCGGCCCAGCAAGUUUGACCGUGUGGUGAAACGGGAGAUUUGUCAGAUGACCAGCCGGGCCACACGUGUGUAUGGCUCAGUGGAUGGCGAGGAGUCUGAGGCCAGCACAUCACACCUCCUGGCGCUGGCUGAGAGGCCAGCGAAGAACAGCAGUGAACUCAGUGAGUACGGUGUGGCCUUUGUGGACACCAGUGUUGGCAUCUUUCACCUGGGCCAGUUUGUGGACGACUGCCACACCUCUAGACUGCGCACCCUCCUGGCACACUAUCCUGUGGCUCAGAUCCUGACAGAACGCAGCCGUGUCGGAGCCAAGACCAAGCAGAUAGUGAGUGCCUUGGUGCCUCACAACUUGAGGGAGGUGCUGGUGCCUGAGAAAGAGUUUUGGACAGCCUCAAAGACCCUUAACUUCCUGCUGGAGGGACCUUACUUCAAGAGAGAGGGAGAGGCUGACACCCAGUGGCCCAAAGCACUGAAGGACAUGAUGGAUGAAGGUGACUCAUUGGGCAAGACACCACAGGAAGGCAAGGAGCUAGCACUGUCUGCCAUGGGUGCCCUCACCUGGUACCUCAUGCAGUGCCGUCUGGACGAACAGCUGCUCACACGACGCAAGUUUGAGGAGUACCAGCCCCCAGACAUUGUCAACAUGGCCGGCCAGACCGACUCCAAGGCGUCCAUCCCAGCCUUCAUUACCGGCAGGCAUCACAUGGUGCUGGACGGCACAACACUGCACAACCUGGAGGUGUUCAGGAACAUUGGCGGCGGCACAGAGGGUACACUGGUGGAGCAGCUGGACCAUUGCUCCACACCCUUCGGCAAGAGGUUGCUGAGGAGCUGGAUGUGUGCCCCUCUGUGCAGCCCAGCAGCCAUCCAGCGCCGGCUUGAUGCCAUUGCUGACCUGCGCAGUAACCUUGGCCUGAUGGAUGAGGUCAUUCUGCUUCUCAAGACCCUGCCUGACUUGGAGAGGAUGUUGGCCAAAGUUCACACACAUGGGCUGAGCCGGCAGUCCAGUCACCCAGAGACCCGUGCCAUCUACUUCGAGGAGAUCAAGUACAACAAAAAGAAGGUGGAAGGCUUCCUGAUGGCCCUUAAGGGGUUCAAAACCUGCAUGCAGAUUGUCAAGAAGUUCAAAGGUUUGAGGGAGUCGCUCACCUCCAGUCUGCUGAGGAACUGUGUCACCACCACGGACGAUGACGGCACCUUCCCCCUUCUGGAGGAACCCCUCGCCUUCUUUGAUAAUGCUUUUGACCAGGCUGAGGCACAGAAGGAAGGCAAGAUUGUGCCGCGAGCCGGUGUGGACGCAGAGUAUGAUGAGGCAGUGCAGCAGAUUGACUCCACCAAGAAGAGUCUAGCAGAAUAUCUCAAGGAACAGUGCAAACAUUUCGGCACAAAGGUGGUGUACUGGGGCAAUGACAAGAAGCGCUACCAGCUUGAGGUACCGGAGCACGCCUCCCGCCGUGCUGGGGAUGACUACGAGCUGGUGAGUCAGCGCAAGGGUCACCGCCGCUUCUGGACCUCCACCACCCGGGAGUUGCUGGCUGACAUGAUUGCCGGGGAGGAGCAGCGUAACACCUCGCUCAGUGACAUUGCUCGCAGGAUAUUCAACCAGUUUGACCAACACCAGAAGCAAUGGGAAGCUGCUCUACAGUGUGUGGCUACACUGGACGUGCUCUGCUCACUCACAGUGUUCUCCCGUGGGGCAGAGACUGUGCAGCCUGAGGUGAUCAGUCCUCAGGAUGGUGUUCAGCCAUUCCUUGAGAUCCGCAACGGCCUGCACCCGUGCCUGCUGUCCACCAUGGCAGAUAAGUUCAUCCCCAACGACGUGGUGGUGGGAGGGCCAGCGGAGGAUGCCCACCGUCCACUGGUGCUGAUAACGGGGCCAAACAUGGGAGGCAAGUCCACCCUGAUGAGGCAGACGGCACUCAUCUGUCUCCUGGCACAGCUGGGCUCCUAUGUCCCCGCUGAAGCCUGCCGCCUUACACCCGUGGAUCGAGUGUUCACCCGCGUGGGGGCCUCGGACCGCAUCAUGGCGGGGGAGUCCACCUUCUUUGUGGAGCUGGCCGAGACCUCCUCCAUUCUGCAGCAUGCCACACACCACUCCUUGGUGCUGGUGGAUGAGCUGGGACGAGGCACGGCCACCUACGACGGCACUGCCAUUGCUUCUGGGGUGGUGGAUGCCCUGGCUAUCCGUGGCUGCCGGACGCUGUUCUCCACACAUUACCAUGCGCUGGUAGACCACUUCACUGACAACCACAAUGUCUCCUGUGGUCACAUGGCGUGCAUGGUGGAGAGUGGAGAGGACGACAAUGACCCCUCACAGGAGACCAUCACCUUCCUGUACAAGUUCACUGAUGGCUCAUGUCCCAAGUCUUAUGGGUUCAAUGUGGCUCGUCUGGCUGGCCUGCCCGAGACAGUGAUCCGGCAGGCGAGGGGGAAGGCGAGGGAGUUGGAGAUGAUCACCCUGAAGAAGCAAGUGUUCUCCAGGGUGGUCAGUGCUGUCGGGGCCAAGCCAGGCGUGCUGAGGGAGACUCUGUCCGAGGCCCUCAAGUCCCUGCGUGUGGAUUGAGGUGCAGGCAGGCAAGGCAGGCCAAUGAAGUCUAACUGUCCUGCUGUCACCAUGUUCCUGAAGGUGGGAGAGAAAUACAGUAAAAGCCUUAUUUUGUGUAGGAUUAUUUGAUGUAAAGAUGAAAUAUUGUGUGUCACCAUUCAGUCUUGAUCCUAGAGUGGGUUCUGGAGUGAGAGAGCUCAAAGAUGUGUUGUUUUGGAUAUUCUCAGAAUGAUUGUGACAUGAACCCUCACUUGGAAACAGUGCUGCAUUCACCCCCUCCUCAGUGUUGGGUGUUGUGCACCUGUGUGUGUGUGAUGUGUGUGUGUGCCAUCACUGUAAAUACUCAUCACUGUGUUCCUAAUCUACAUACGUACAUGUGUAUCUAUAUAGUAGUACAAACUUGAUCUUUACUUUUUUUUUUUUGAGUUGUGGGUUACACAAUCAUCUCGUUAUUUAAAGUUAUUUUUUUACUUUAUUGUGUUGGACAUUUUCCUGAAAUACCUAAUAAAAUUUUAAGCAUCUCUA